AUGGAAAAUCUAUUGUCUAUGCACACGAUGGAAAAAUGCUUGAAGAUCCGUCCGCGAGGAUUUCUCCACGUUCAUUAUCUCCUUGCCCUUCACAAGAAAAAAAACGCUAAAAGAGAGAAGGACUAA